AGUACUGUGUAGUAACUAGCUUGCUACCUAGCUAAAAAUGCGUUAUUUGUGGUACAAAUAAGAAUGGUUUUUGGUAAUGUAUUAGCUAUUUUAUUUUUUCAGGUUGACAAGGCAGUGCUAACCAUCAUGAAUGAUGAACAAAUGGCAAAGUAUAUCACUUCAUACGGUGACCGAGUAGCUGUCCUCACCUUCUGUCAACAAACAAAGUGCAGCACAGAUAAAGAGACUCUUCUACAGACAUUAAGAGAUAAAAUAGGAGCACGGAAAAGUAAAUCAAAAACAAAAGGAGCAUUGUGUGGUGCAUCAGGUGUGUUUCAAAAAGAAGGUGAAGGGAUGUCAAGACAAAGAAAUAAUGCAGCAGAAAAGACUACCAGGAAGAUUGAAAUAGGAUGGCUUCAUUUUCACAAUAAGGAAUACCAACAAGUGAGGACCUGCAAUGGCGGGGGAACAAGACAUGCAUUGGUGGAAAAAACAACAGCUCAGCUUUUGGAAAUGGGAAAGAAGCUAUUCUUCCCAAAUGGCCACUCAACAAAAGGGCGAGUUGAAGACUUUACCUUUGAAGUCUGUGAUUUUAAAAGAAACCAGAUCCCUUCAGAUGACACUGUUGGCAGACUUUAUGAACAAACCAAACUGAAGCUGCUUAGAUUUUACAUAUCCACAAAAGAAGAAGCCCACCCAACAGAUCAAUCCCCAUCUGAGGUAAAAACAGUUAGUGAAGAUUCCUUAUCUGUAGAUUCAUCUGUUGACAUCACUGAGGGAGCAGACGCACAUGGAUCUGUUGAUGCAGAUGAAUUGAUUACAGAUCUGCCGGAGCGUGGAUAUUCAUCUGACAGCGACAAUAGCGAUCAGGUUUGUGGCAGUAGGAAAUAUAAAGUAACUUUAAUGACAGGGACAGAUGGAAAGAGAUAGUGCUUGAAUAUUAAACUUCAGGUAAUAACUAAAUAAAAAAAUGAUGUACAUGGAUUUCAUAAAACAGAAAGGUUCCAUUGUGUGCCAUCAGUCACCACAGUUUGUCAGCAACUUUCUACAUAGCUAUAGUUAUGGUAGGCCUAUUUAGCACACACUUUUGUCCAAGGCGUUACCAACAUACCUUCACCUCUGUAUGUUUCAAUUUUACCAGGACUUUGUUGUUGACAUGUGUGGUCAGACGCAUUCCUUUCUUUGUGUUGCAUAUUUUUUUGCAAUUUCAUACUUUUAUUUGUAAUGCUUUGAAACACAUCACUUAUCUUUGAGACUCUGAGGGAAGAUUGAAGAAUAUCUCAAAGUUAUUGUACAGUACCUUUAUGCUUAAUAGGCUAAUGUGUAGUCGUAUGUAUUUUUUUGCACACCAUUUGAUAUUAAUUGUGAAACAUGUUUUUCUCCCUGCCAUUAUUACAAAUUACUGCUGACAACAAAAGUUGUUUUUUGUUGCAUUUCCAGAUACAACCAAGAUAAAAAAAACAAAGAUCAACCUCUGACACUGUGACAGCAGAAGGUCCAAGACAAUCACAUCGCUCCCAUUCAACCCCAACAGACGAGGCAGAUACACUUUUAUGGGAUCCGGAAGAUGAUCUUUGGGGAGCAGGUGGUGAUGAGAUAGUUGUGAUCAAAUGGAAUGACGUCACACAUGAGGAUGUCACUCAGAGUGCGGAGAUGAAUGGAGUACCAAUGCAGGAUUUACAACUCCCCUUGUCCUCUGAUUUUGGCCUGCCUUCGGCACAUGUGUCCAUACAUGAGGAUACAGUGCAAACAUCACAGGAUUUGCUUUUAAAUUCGAGCAGCCAACUAUCCCCAUCAACCUCAGCUCACGGCUCAGGAAAUCCAGAGAGCACGCGACGUGCAUCAAUUCACAGGACAAAGGUUGUUGAAGAUCUUUUGGCUGUAUUUAUGGACAGUAGCAUAAUACAUUUGACUCUAAAGAUGGACUUUGUAAAUGAAAAAGCUAUUGAUGAUAAUGGAGUAUCAAGGGAGGUUUACACUGCAUUCUGGGAGCAAUUUCUUGAAACGUGUGAAGGGGAAGCAGAGCGAGUUCCAAGGCUGAGGCCAGAUUUCUGUGAGGCUGAAUGGCAAGCAGUUGGACAGAUCUGGGUGAAAAGAUUACUGGACCAUGGUGUCAUGCCAGUGAGGCUAUCAAAGGCUUUCAUUGUAGCCUGCAUUCAUGGAGUCCACUCCGUUGAUGUAGACAUCCUGAUGAUAUCGUUUCUCAACUACCUCUCUCCUGUUGAGAGAUCAGCUGUGGAGAAGGCUCUCCAGGGCACAAUGGAGGAGAGUGAUGAUGAGGACUUGCUCGACCUUUUCACAAGGAUGGGUUCCCAUUUCCUACCUGCAAAGAACAACAUGGAGCCUGCCAUAGAAACAAUGGCUCAUAAAGCCAUUCUCCAAGAGCCAAAGUAUAUCGUCGAUUGCUUCUUGACACCCAUGUCACUUGUACAGUUGCAACUGCCAGACAAGGACAGUGUGUUGUCUCUGUAUGAGAAUAAGAAAGCCACAGGCAGAAGAGUGUCCCAACUGUUUGAAACAACCAACGUGGUGCUGUCUCAGAGAGAACAGACAACUUUCAACCAUCUCCAACGAUAUGUGAAAAAUGCUGACCAAGCCAAAGCUGAAAAAAUCCUGCGUUUCUGCACUGGUUCUUCUGUCAUAUGUGUUGACAGAAUUGGGGUGUGCUUUAAUGCUGAAACUGGGCUCAGCAGAAGGCCUGUUGCUCAUACCUGUGGAGCUACCCUUGAAAUACCGUGUACCUACAGCUCUUUCCCUGAAUUUCGCACGGAAUUUGACAAUAUCCUGUCCAGCAACUACUUUGAAAUGGAUAUUCUUUGAACUUGAGAGCAGUCGUUAUCAGGCCU